GUUGUCAUUCGCAGAUAAACCGAUGAACGUUCUCUGCGUUCUCUGCGUUCUCUGUCACUCGUCAUUGCGAAAAAUUUUAACAGUGUGAGAAACGUUCAUAAUUGCAUCAAUAAGUACGAAAAUCGAAAUUACUAGCUAAAAAAUUGGAACAAAGCAUUUCAGCCGCAAACGAGGUGCCAUUAAACGUAUUUAAAUGUUUGUUGAAGGUAAUUUUCCCGUAUUAGCAGCCGUUGCCCUAGCAGCGUAAUUAAGCAGCAGUGGCAGAGAGUUUUAAGAUUCAUAAGAAAAAUAAUGCGAUAGGGAAGUGGAGCUCGGAAAAUAUAUAAUAUACAUCUAAACGUAACAAGUACUCGUGUGUUUGUCCGUUUACUGUCGUGACCUCAGCAGAAGUCCGAAGCAUCGUACCAUAGUGGAGCACUCGAAGUUAUUAAGAUCACUUCUAUAGGCUUGGACAGCUUUGCAUAUCGGCUACUAAUUGCACAUUAGCCAUUAUGCCACAAUCACGUGCUGCCGCAGCCGAGGCGGUCACGGGUAGUGGCCCUCAACCACUCGUUAAAAUUGGCCACUAUCUGCUGGGUGCUACGCUUGGCACGGGCACCUUUGGUAAGGUAAAGAUUGGCGAGCAUCAGAUGACUCACCACAAAGUGGCAGUCAAGAUACUAAAUCGACAGAAGAUUAAAAGUCUCGACGUCGUGGGAAAAAUUCGCAGGGAGAUACAGAAUUUGAAGCUCUUUAGGCAUCCGCACAUCAUUAAACUUUAUCAGGUCAUUUCCACGCCUACUGAUAUUUUUAUGAUUAUGGAAUACGUGAGCGGUGGCGAACUUUUCGAUUAUAUAGUCAAGCAUGGAAAGUUGCAGGAGCACGAAGCACGUCGCUUCUUCCAGCAGAUAAUAUCCGGUGUAGACUACUGUCACCGUCACAUGGUGGUACAUCGCGACUUAAAGCCGGAAAAUUUGUUGCUUGAUCAUAAUUUGCAUGUGAAGAUCGCCGAUUUCGGUUUGUCUAACAUGAUGUUAGAUGGCGAGUUCUUGCGCACUUCCUGCGGCUCCCCGAACUAUGCUGCGCCUGAGGUGAUUUCUGGCAAACUCUAUGCUGGUCCCGAAGUAGAUAUAUGGUCAUGCGGUGUAAUUCUAUACGCACUGUUAUGCGGCACUCUUCCAUUCGAUGACGAACAUGUACCUACACUUUUUCGAAAAAUCAAAUCGGGUAUUUUUCCAAUACCAGAAUAUCUAAAUAAGCAGGUGGUCAAUUUGGUGUGUCAGAUGCUGCAAGUAGAUCCUUUGAAACGGGCUACAAUGGAGGAGAUUAAAAAGCACGAGUGGUUCCAAAAGGAUUUACCUUCAUACCUCUUCCCCUCAUCUAUUGAACAGGACUCGAACGUUAUUGACACGGUUGCAGUUGCCGAGGUUUGCGGCAAGUUUGGCGUAAAAGAGGCUGAGGUGCACAAUGCGCUACUCAGCGGCGAUCCACACGAUCAGCUGGCUAUUGCUUACCAUUUAAUUAUUGACAACAAGCGAUUCGCUGACGAGGCUGCCAAAACGGAGAUUAACAACUUUUUCGUCGCCGGUUCACCACCACCUGUCACUCACUCGCCUAGUGAAAGGUCGGAGCCUGUUGGGCCGGUAGCCACAGUCACAGGUGGAGGCUCAACUUCGGGCACAUCGACACCCGGCGGCACUAGCGGCGCUAUGCGUCCUCAUCCCGAACGCAUUGCACCGAUGCGCGAACGUCAACUUGCCAUGUCGGUACAGGCAUCGGGCGGUGCUGCAUUCCCCGAGAAAGCAGCACGCGGUACUCCCAUUAAGCGCGCUAAAUGGCAUUUGGGAAUACGAUCGCAGAGUAAGCCCAACGAUAUUAUGCAGGAAGUGUAUCGUGCCAUGAAGGCUCUUGAUUAUGAAUGGAAGAUCAUAAAUCCGUAUCAUGUGCGUGUGCGUCGCCAAAAUCUUAAGACAGGCAAGUUCUCCAAGAUGUCGCUUCAGCUAUAUCAAGUGGAUUCCAAGAGUUACUUGUUAGAUUUUAAGUCUCUAACUAACGAUGAAGUCGAGCAGGGAGAUGAUGUUAUAUUGGAGAGUUUGACACCACCGCCACUAAGUGUACAGGGUGCCAUGCCGCAGCAGCCCACAGGGCACCACACAAUGGAAUUCUUCGAGAUGUGCGCCGCUUUGAUCAUACAACUGGCACGUUAAAUGGCUGAAGGAAAUUUAGGUAGUCAUUGAGGGAAACCAGUAGUGAAGUAGAGUUUUGAAGCUAUGCAAAUAAGGCGUCUGAGAAACAUUCUUUGGUCACUAUAUUGAUUGGAAAAAAUGUCGAACAUACAUAUUUUUAGCAGCGGGUAGAAAGUGGAAUGGUGUAGGUGCCUAUUUAGUUAAGAUGGGAACGUCAUUUGAUAGUCAUCUAUCACGUAUUAGAAUCAUAAGAAAAUUUAUAUUCAUUAUUGUAGUAUCGCUAACGCUUUUAUUAGAAAUUUAACAAAUGAAACGUUUCAAAAACACGGUUUUUAUUUCGAAAAUUAAGUUUUAUCUCAGUUUUUUCUAGUUAUAGUAUUUAGCGAAAAAAAUCAAAUCUAAAGAAAGCUAUAUUCUUUAAGGGGUUAUACGCAGUUAUGAAGCAAAUAAAAGACGGGUUGUCAAGGAUUUAUCCUGAAGAAACUUCAGAAUAUUUUAAUUUGAAAAUUUUUGGCGGUUAUAAAAGCAUCCUUCAAGAACGUAACAAAAUUUUUUAUUUAUGAAAAUGUUGAUCAUAGAGCGCGCUGCAGGCGAUUUCUGGAACCUCCUUUAAAAAAAGACGAUUUACGGUGUACAUCGUAACUCAGGAUUGGAUUAUCUGAAAUCAAAAAACCAAACAAAUUUUGUUAAUAUAUUAGAUUAUCUAGUAAUUAAUCGUUCGGCUAAUCAAAAUAGUGAAUUUUCACAAAAUGGCAGCUUUUAAAAGAAAUGAUUUCGAUUUUUACGUUAAAAUUUGGCCGUAAAUUGAUUAUAAAAUGGAAAAUAAGUAUCAGAUUUACAAAAGGAAAGAUUAAUUACUAGAAAAUGUAUCCUUAAAGAUUGAGUUAAAACGGUUGACCGAUCAAACAAGCCGUUUUCGAGAUAUCGUGUACACCGACUUGAAAAAUGCCGUUUUGAAAAAAACUCGUUUAAAGUUUCAAUACCUACCUUAAAACGUGCCGAGGCAUCUCUACAUAUUUAGGUAUAACUCCGAAAGUAUUGCUUAGAUCUACUUCAAAUUUCGUGCGUAUACUUUUGAAUAUAUGUACAUUACAAAAAUGCAAUAAAAAAAUCGAUUUUUUUGAAAGUCAUAACUGCGUAUAACCCCUUAAGGAAGAGCCAACUGUAAGAUUUAAUGAAUUAUUGUCUAAUAACCUGUUUCAAAAAUUUUAACAAGAAAUAAAUGGGGUAUUUUUUUCAAUUGUAGGAAGCCAAAAAAUUUACACUUCGUUUAUUAUAUUAAUUAUGGUUAAUGUCGCACAUCAGUGCUUUCAAAUGAUACUAAACACAUCGUAAUGCCUAAUUUUAUAUCUUAAAUCAGGAAAAAUUGUUAUUAUUGGAAUAAAUGUAAAAAAUAUACUUAACAGAAGAGUACAAUGUUGUAAAUAAAGUUUUACUUACAAACUCAA